UUCAGGAAUCUGCGUUCUGUGGUAUGAUAUCCCAGCCAGAUAACAUACCAAUGACAGAAAUCAGCUCUGUGAUAUUUUUCAUCAUACCAAUGAUAGUUAUAAUUUAUCAAUACAUCAAGAUGGGCAUCGCCAUCAAGGAAACCACAACCAACAACAGCUUUGGAAAAGGUUCGGUGCACAGAAAAAGGAAGAAAAAUCUACAGAGUAACAAGAACAUUGUUAAAAUGUUAUCAUUUGUGGUGUUGGGGUUCUUCGCCUGUUGGUGCCCUUUCCAUGCUCAAAGGCUCCUGUCUGUGUAUCUGAAGGACUACGAAUUCUUCGAUGAAAUUAACUACUGGAUGUAUAUUUCUUCAGGAGUCUUCUAUUACUUCUCAUCAACUCUAAACCCUAUACUGUACAACGUGAUGUCCGACAGAAUGAGGAACGCCUUCAAAGAGGUGAUAUGCGGAAUGAAGAAGAAAAAAAGACGUCGAACAACCUUGAGUCGUAAUACAACCAAAGAGACCAGUAUAUCCUUGCAUCCAGGGAACACAAAUGAGGAAAUGGUGCAUUUUUUCAACAAAGGACAAUGGAGGUGCGGGAUGAUCAAGCAAUAUUCCCAGAUUGACUUAAGCAGCAGUUUAAGAAUAGAGACGGGUAUCUAAGCGGAAGUAUUCCAAGUACUGAGUGGUCCAUGCCAUUGUCUGAAGCAUUCUCUUCAGAGUGCCAUUGCUAAUGGCGGUUGGUCAAUGACUGAAAAUGUGAUACAAAAGGAAAUAAGUUUUUAUCCCAGUGUCUGAUAUGUACUUUUAAUUUCUCCGGGUUCCUAGUGUUAAAAGUGUCCUUUUCCGAAUUUCCAACGUUCUGGCGUUUAUUUUUUGCCUUCUCCGGGGCUAAAAAAGUUAGAAAAAAGAAAACGUUUAUGUAAUUUCAUAAUCGUAAAUUAGGCAUUGACUGAGGAAGUUCAGUUAAAAAUAUUGACCAAGGAAAUACAUAAAGAUAUAAAAAAGCACAGAACAAAAGCACAUAAAGGCAAUGGCAAUA